AUGGGAAGUGUAGAAUCAACGGCCACUUCAGUUGACUUGAUAGGUUCGCCGUGUCAUUCUCCACUGCGACGGCGUUCGAGAGCGGAAUUCCUGGCUACUCAAUCUCGGAAAUCUUCGUCAAUCAGUUUGGGAAAAAUGUCUCCCACUUCACGGAGACAAAUGCCAUUGGUCAAGUAUGGCUGCAGUAAGAGUGAUCUAUUGCUGUCAACAUGGUCACCUCGACGUCAAGAAGAUACGGAUUCAGCUCGAAGUUGUUCUGAGAGUAGAAAAAUGAAACAUAAUUUGGCGGAAUCUAACCUUGAAGCUCUAUUUUCGUCAUCCAGCAAUCUCAGGCAAGCGCUACAACCACGUAUUGAAAUAUCGGGUGAUUUAACAACUUCACAAAACAGCGCAAUACGACGAUUAUGGAAGCAGGAAAUGAAAAGGUAUUGCGAUAAUAAAUCUGAGCUCGCAAGUCGAUUACUACUGCGCAUAUUUGCUAUCAAUCCACGCCUUCAAGCACUUUUUCAUCUUUCAAAUUUGCCUUAUUAUGAAAUACGGAAAAAUCCACUCUUCAAACUUCACGUUAAGGCUGUGGAAACGACCUUAUCAUUCGUUAUGUUACAUUUGUAUAAUCCAACUGCAAUGAGCAAAUCAUUGCAAACAUUGGGUGCACGACAUGUAAUUCAUACAAGAAUACAGUAUAAAAGCAAUUAUUGGAAGGUAGUAAAUCAGGCAUUUAUUGAAUUUGUCAACGCUGAUCAAGCAUCAAUCGAUGUAUUCAAUGCGUGGAAUGUGUUGGGGAAUUUUUGUGUAGAACAGAUGCGAAUCGGAUAUAAAAUUGAAUAUAAAGCUCAGAAAAUGUUAGAACGUUUAAAGACAAAAGAAAUGAUCAGUUGA